AUGGAAAAUGGUUCUUUAAACAAAUGGCUUCAAGAUUUGAAUUGUCAAGAAAGUCAAACAUGGAAUAAUCGUAUUCGUAUUGGUUUAGAUGUUGAUAAAGGUCUUCAAUAUCUACAUAAUUUUGCGAAUCCAGCUUAUGUUCAUAAAGAUAUAAACAGUAGUAAUAUACUACUUACUAAAGAUCUACGUGCCAAGAUUUCUAAAUUUGGUCUUGCAAAAUCAACGGAGAAGGGCGAAAAUGUAAAUUCAUCCAUAAAAUGUAGGUUUGAGUCAAAGGGUUACCUUGCACCGGAGUAUUUAGAGGCGGGAUUUGUGACAACCAAGACUGAUGUCUAUGCUUUUGGAGUUGUUCUUUUGGAAUUGAUAACCGGAAAGAAAGUUGUGUAUGAAAAUGAUGAUGAUGGAGAAGAAGUGAUGUUGUCUGAAGAAGUUGCUUCGAUCAUGGGUGAUGAAAAAAAUGGGAAAGGAAAGGUUAAUUACCUUAUUGACCCUCGGUUGCAAGCUAGACAUGCCCUUGGGUUUGUUAUAGAUCAAGAUGAACUUUCAUUGCGUAUGGUGAAACUAAGCUUGGGUUGUUUGGAAUCGGAACCAUCAAGAAGAUUAAGUAUAAAUGAGAUUGUUUCCACUCUUAUGAUGAUUCAAAUGGAUGCACAAAGCUCAGAAACCAUAUUUAUGGUGUAG